AUGAAAAAGGUUGGACAGGCGGCGGAGGUUGUUCAGUCUUUUUCCGCCUGCAGAGCUUCAUCUGCGCUCCCUCCGACUACAGGGACGCUCAAGGCGGAAAAUUACAGCACCAAGCAGAGCAGCUCCAUCGGGGCCCUGCGCUGGGCCCUCCCUGAGGAGAACAUCCAGGUCCACAGCUCUGCCCCCAGUGGACCCAUCAGCAGCCGCAACCUCACUGGACAAUCCCAGCAUCACCCUCGCCAGAGCAGCCUGAAGGAUCUGCGCAGCCUGCAGGAGUGUGUAGAGUUCAUCCAUCACUGGAAGGAGCAAGUGGAGCAGGUUUGCAAGGUAGAACCUAACACACAGGCGGGAAGCAGCAGAGGGCAAGCCCAGAAGUCAGAGUCCCGCGCCGAGCGCAGUCUGGAAGAGAGCCGGAAACUCAUUUUGGAGUGGGCCAGCGAGCUCAACCACGCGGACAAGCUCCUGAAGAAAAACCCUGUGACUCCCAAGUGCAAAGAGCAUGAGAAAGACUCGGAGGCUAAUGAAGCACAGCUGAGGAUCAUGGAUUGGGCCAAGGAGCUGCAGAAGGUCUCUGAGAACUGCGGCGUGCCGAGUGACCAGGUGGGCAAAGUGCUGCGCCUGCUGGGCCUGAAGAAGAAACGCCUCGUCAGCAUGCUGCCGCUGCUGGAGUUCAUUACAUGGUCGCUCCUCAAGGAAGACAGCGCGAUGAUGAUCCCCCAGUUAUGGUUACUGGUGAAGCAGCGCACGUGGAAAGCCGGAACUUCAAGAUACAUUCCCAACUCAGUUUGGAACUGGAUCUGCAGUGCAGCAGCGGAUGUGAUUCUGGACCCCAUGACCAACCACCCGUGGCUGAACCUCUCCGAGGACCAGCGUCAAGUCCAGGAGGCUCUGUCACAGGCCGACCAUCCCUACAGUUCGCAGCGCUUCGACAGUUGGGCCUGCGUGCUGGCCUGGGAAGGCUACAGCCGAGGUCGCCACUACUGGGAGGUGGACAUCGCCAACAGCGGCUACUGGCGGCUGGGACUGACCACGGCGAACUCCAAGCGCCACGGUCGCUUCCCCAUGACCCCGAAGACAGGCUACUGGUGCCUGUGGCGCGUCACGCACCAGUUCUACGCCUGCACCAAGCCCGAGACGCCGCUGCCCGUCGGCCUGGUGCCGCGGCGGAUGGGAGUCUACCUCGACUACGAGGAAGGGCAAAUCUCCUUCUACAACGCCGAAACAAAGUCCCACAUCUACACAUUCACCGGAAACUUCAAAGAGAAGGUGUACCCGCUCUUUGCGCCUUUAGAUGGCAACACUCUCAUGACCAUCAUCCCACAGCAAAACAACAAAACCAGUGGCUCUUAAACCUUUUUCACCAAGUACCAUCCCUGAAAGCACUUGGCUCUCCAAGUACCACCAUAGGGACCGACAUUGAAAUCCAGUAGCGUAGUAUUCAUUUAAAACAUGGCAGAGGUUUCAUAUUUUUGGCCACUGUAUCAUUACACACAAUGCACAAACAUCAACAAUGAUACUCCAAAUAUACAGGUAUUUACAGACUUCUUUGGUGUACCACUAGAUCGAGCCCACUCAUGGUACGUGUACCACAGUUUGAGAAUCACUGACCUAAGCUAGUCUUGGACAUCCGUAGCGUCAAUUAGUUAGAGUUUAAAAGAACAAAACAAACCCACAGAGAUGUGUUCGGACAUCAUGAAGAUCUCAAGAGUACUCGAUGAUAUUACCAAUAAAUUGGCAGGAACUGGUGGUGACAAACCCCAAGAUGCAGAGAUGGCAGGCGUGGUGGAGGAAAACAUGACUUUAAUAUCCAAAGUAAUCAGGCAGGAAUCAGGAACCAGGAUUACAGGAACACAGGAAACAGCAAACAGGAACCAGGAAACAGGCAAACAGGAUACAAGAGAACUCGAGACAGGAAACAACUAACAGCAAACAAUACUCAAGCCGUGACUUGAGGACGAGGCAGGCAUAAAUAGGUGUGGUCUGGCUGCCAAUCAGCCGCAGGUGAGGGGACACAGUGCUCAGACAAAGAUGUGUGACGUGGUCAUGAAAAAACACACACACAAAAGGAAAAGUCACCAAAAUAAAAGUACAAGACAGGAACUAACCCAAAACACAGCAGAACAUCAACAAAAGGGCACGGCUUGGUAUAACCAGCCGUGACAUAAAUGUAUGAUGUCUGCACUAUACAGUAUAUACUACGCGUAUAGUCAGUAGUUUAUCGGCAUUCUUUCUUCGUAGCUGAAUGUCUAAAUGACCUCUAUGAAAUGUAGAUUUGACACUUUAUGAUUCACAGCAUUCACAUGCACUUUACAAUGCACUCGCAAAAUACGCUGAAAUAGAUACAUGUCUUAUGUAAAUGUCUCUUUUUUUCCCCCUGACUAUAGAAACUAAGAGGAUUGACCCUGCCCUACAGGAAAGUGCAAUAUUCUGUAAAAAUACAAGCUAAACUUUAACGAUAUCUAAAUGUAUUUGUGUACU